CAUGACCGCCGUCGCCGUGCCGCCGCUCCGCGUGUCGUGCUCGUACCCCUCGUGGUGGUGGUCGCCGUCCCCCGCUUCCAAGCACUACCACCUCCGCGGCCGUUGCUGCUUCCUCUUCAGGGAGGAGGGGGAGAGCUGGUUGCUGCUGCUGCGGGGGAGGAGGAGGAGUGGUGGGAGGGGAGGUGCGGCGAUGGCGCGGCGCCCGCCGCUGCUCUCCGUCGCGCUGCCGUCCGACACGGGCCGCGUGCUCAGCAUCCAGUCCCACACCGUCCAGGGAUAUGUCGGCAACAAAUCAGCCGUCUUUCCCCUGCAACUCCUGGGUUUUGAUGUCGAUCCAAUAAACUCGGUACAGUUUUCUAAUCACACAGGAUACCCAACAUUUAGAGGGCAGGUCCUCAAUGGCAGUCAGCUGUGGGAUCUUAUUGAAGGGUUAGAGGAAAAUGAUUUAUUGCAUUAUACCCAUUUAUUAACAGGGUAUAUUGGCUCUGUUUCCUUUUUAACUACAGUACUGCAAGUUGUUGACAAAUUACGAUCAGUCAAUCCUGAUCUUGUAUAUGUUUGUGACCCAGUUCUAGGUGAUGAGGGAAAACUAUAUGUUCCUCAGGAUUUAAUAUCUGUCUAUCAACAGAAGGUUGUCCCAGUUGCUACGAUGCUUACACCUAACCAAUUUGAAGUUGAACUACUCACUGGUUUAAGGAUUACUUCUGAAGAAGAUGGCUUGAAAGCUUGCAAUACGCUCCAUGAUGCUGGACCACGAAAGGUGGUAAUAACUAGUGCACUUAUUGACAAUAAACUGCUCCUCAUUGGAAGCCAUAAAAAGGCAAAGGAACAACCACCAGAACAAUUUAAGAUUGAGAUACCCAAGAUACCUGCAUAUUUUACGGGAACUGGAGAUUUAACAACUGCUCUUCUACUAGGAUGGAGUAAUAAAUACCCUGAUAACCUUGAGACUGCGGCUGAGCUGGCAGUAUCCAGUUUGCAGGCACUCCUAAGAAGAACCGUGGAAGAUUAUAAAAGGGCUGGAUUUGACCCCUCCACCAGUAGCCUAGAGAUCCGCUUGAUUCAAAGCCAGGAUGAAAUACGAAGCCCCCAGAUUACAUGCAAGGCUGUGAAGUAUCGCUGAAAACCAUAUAUAACCAUGGCAUGCAAUGCAACAUCAAUUAGUUAUUGGAAGCAACAGUGUAAAAACAAUUUUGGUAUUCUGCUGGUAAAAUUCAACAUGAUUCCUGCCUUCAUGUCUGGGAUACCAUUUUUAGUUGGGUUUUAUCUAGUUUCCAAACCAGAAGGGGUCUGAUUUUUUUUUAAAACACAAAAUAAUGCACAUGCUGCCUUCUUUUUUUUUCCCUUUACAAUUUGUCAGAAUAUUAUUGUGGUCAUCAUGACUCAUGAGACUGAUGUUGUACAAAGGAUAUAGCUCCAUCUUGAAGCUUUGUUUGUGUACAAUCUACAGUGAAUAAACGGCAGUUCAGUUGAACUUUUUGUU